UCUGCGAAAACUUUUCAGACACUGAAAACUUCAAAAGAAGUAAGUUGAGAUACGAAACUUCCAAAGAUAGCUACGAAGUAAAGAGAAGCCACGUCACAAACCCUAUCCUCCUCAGCCGCCGGACCAUCAACUCCUUAACCAAAACGGUCAACAAUCUCGGCCGGACCACCACUUCUUGUUCGGAACCUUCAUGUCUUCAUCAAACACCAAAUGAUUCAUCUCCAUUUCCUUCUGAUUUCUUCUUUGGCACAGCUUCUUCUGCUUACCAGUAUGAAGGUGCUUACUUAACCGAUGGAAAAGGUUUGAACAAUUGGGAUAUCUUUGCCCAUGAAAACCCUGAGAAAAUACUUGAUGGGAGCAAUGGAGACGUAGCUGCGGAUCAAUAUCAUCGAUAUAUGGAAGAUAUCGAAUCAAUGUCCUUUCUUGGAGUCAACAGUUACAGAUUAUCGAUUUCUUGGUCUAGAAUCUUACCAAAAGGGAGAUUUGGAGGUAUUAAUUAUAAGGGAAUAAAGUAUUACAACAAUUUGAUCAAUGCUCUUAUUAGUAAAGGGAUUACACCAUUUGUGACGUUGAACCAUUUCGACUAUCCUCAAAACCUUGAGAACCAGUUCAAAAGUUGGUUAAGCUCCGAGAUGGGGAAAGAUUUCGGGUACUUAGCUGAUAUAUGUUUCAAACAUUUUGGAGACCGAGUUAAACAUUGGAUGACAAUAAACGAACCAAACCAACAAAUCAUCUUAGCUUAUCAAAAGGGUAUAUUCCCACCAGCCCGGUGCUCCAAGCCAUACGGAAAUUGUACUCAGGGGAACUCAGAAACUGAGCCUUUUAUAGCCGCACAUAACAUGAUACUUGCACAUGCGAAGGCGGUUCAAAUCUACCGAACCAAAUAUCAGAAAGAACAAAGGGGAAGUAUUGGCAUUGUGGUACAAACGUCAUGGUUUGAACCAGUAAGUGAUUCCAUUGCGGAUAAAAAAGCUGCAGAGAGAGCUCAAGCCUUUUAUUCUAAUUGGAUUCUAGAUCCCGUUGUGUUUGGGAAAUAUCCGGAAGAAAUGGUGAAUAUACUUGGAUCAGAUUUACCGCAAUUUUCGAGCAGUGAAAUGAAUAACCUGAAGAACUAUAAAUCAGAUUUUUUGGGUAUUAAUCACUAUACAAGUUACUUCAUCCAAGAUUGUAUGAUUACUGCUUGUAAUUCUGGAGAGGGAGCUUCUAAAAGUGAAGGUUUCGCCCUCAAACUAGAUCGAAAAGGCAAUGUCUCAAUCGGGGAACUUACCGACGUAAAUUGGCAACAUAUUGAUCCUGAUGGAUUCAAAAAGAUGUUGCAUUACCUAAAAAUUAGGUACCACAACAUACCAAUGUACAUCACCGAAAAUGGUUUUGGUCAGUUGCAGAAACCCGAGACAACGGUUGAAGAACUUCUGCAUGAUACAAAAAGGAUACAUUACUUGAGUGGAUACUUGGAUGCUUUGAAAGCAGCAAUGAGGGAUGGAGCAAAUGUGAAGGGAUAUUUCGAAUGGUCACUGUUAGAUAACUACGAAUGGUUGUACGGAUACAAGGUUCGGUUUGGUCUAUUCCACGUUGAUUACACAACUCUGAAAAGGACACCAAAGCAAUCAGCUUCGUGGUACAAGAACUUCAUCGAACAGCACGUGAAUAUAGAAAAUCAAAUAGAUAAAUAAAUAAAUUGUAAAUUCAUUAAUUAUGAUUGAUUAGUUAAUGUUCGUAAACAAAGGAAGUCAAAUUAAAGUAGGAAGGUUUGAUUAAAAAUCUUCUCAUUGUUGUUUUA